AGGUGAUCCACUUCCGGCUCUACUACACGUUCAGGCUCCUGGUCGGACCUCUCAGCGAAAUGGCUGCGUUCUUGCGUGCUCGUAAAUAUGUUAGUUGCGUGGUCCGUUUUUCCGACCGUGAACUGUAAACGUUAAACGCCGACCGUUUGUGAAGACACAACACACACCAAAAAGACUUCCAAGACUUCCUUGGCCAAGUUGUCAUGGCUGAAGAAAAUGUGGGUACUGGUGGUACACUGGAGGAAGGGGAGGAGGAUGAAGCAGCUGACGACCCAAAUCUUGAGCUAGAGCUCAAUGCUUUCCGAGCUCAGUGGAUGUCUGAGCUCAAACCGAGCUGCGACGCGAGCGGCUUGGGCCUGCGGCUUCUACGGACCUCGGGUCAGAAGAGAACGCAAGAAAUUGCUCGGGAGGAAAAGGCCGCAGAACUGUUCUUGAGGGCUGUUCAGGAAGAGCAGAAUGGAGCAGUCUAUGAAGCUAUCAAGUUCUAUCGCCUGGCUAUGCAGCUUGUGCCUGACAUAGAGUCAAAAAUCUACUACAGCCGUCCAGAUGCUGAUCGAGCUGAAAGAAACUACAGGGAGGAGAGAGAUGCAGAGGGAGACAUUGAGGAUCUGGUUGCCUAUUUUGAGCAUCAGCUCACAAUGGGAACCUCAUUUGCCAAGAUUUGUACUCCUGAGUUGGAAAAGUCUCAGGUGCAUAUAUCAGCGUUGCCACGGGAAAUCCUGAUGUACAUUUUUCGUUGGGUUGUGUCGAGUGACGUGGACAUGCGAGCCCUGGAGCAGCUCUCGUUGGUUUGUCGUGGAUUUUACAUUUGUGCAAGAGAUUCUGAGAUUUGGCGUUUAGCCUGUUUAAGAGUGUGGGGACGCAACUGCACCAAACAUGGACCCUUCCUGUCCUGGAGGGAGAUGUUCCUGCAGAGGCCCCGUGUCCGCUUUGAUGGCGUCUACAUCAGCAAGACAUCUUACAUUCGUCAAGGAGAGGAAUCUCUGGAUGGGUUCUACCGGCCUUGGCACCAUGUUGAGUUCUACAGGUACCUGCGCUUCUUCCCUGAUGGUACAGUUCUCAUGCUGACCACGCCUGAGGAGCCUCUCUAUGUUGUCCCUGGCUUACGUACUAAGAACAUCAGAAUGGAUGCUGUCAUGUUCGGUCACUUCCGUCUGUCACAAGAAACAGACAAUCAAACCAAAGUUUAUGCUGUUGUCUGCAAGAAAAAAGAGGAGAAAUCGUCCGAGAUGCAAAAGAAUCGGUUCUGCAGGCGGAACCCGGCCCCCGACGCUGAGCACACCUUCCAUGUAGGACUCCUUCUGUCCUCGGGGGGGCGUCAGAGUUUCAAUAAGCUGGUGUGGAUGCAUCACUCCUGCCACAUCACUUACAAGCUGACUGGGGAAACUGUUGUCACCGCAUUUGAUCUAAACAAGAUGUACACGCCGUUCUUCUUUGGACGAGUGAAGAGUUACACAGCAUUCUCAGAGCAGCCGCUCUAAGCCAACAGGACACCUGCAUGUUCAUCUAUCACUUUAACACACAAUGUCAUUGUCAGCCUCCAUUGUUUAUGCUGCAGCUGGUUAAAACAUCUAAACAAACCUUCAUGGUUCUGACAUGCAAGCACUUCUGGAUUGAUAAAUGUUUGAUGUUAAAAAUACAAGUUAAUUUUCUGAUUUCAGAAAUGUUGCACGCUAAAUAAUUAGCACAUGUUCCCGAUGAAGAAUGUUAGCAUACUGGUUUUGUUCCACAGUGCACUUUUCUUCCUCAAAUAAAGAGCAUUAAAAUGAAUGUUUCAUU